CUUUCGAAGGUGGAAGAUGGCGGUCGAAGACUGCCAGGGUUUGAAGAUUAGGAUUUCCAGCUGCUGUCGUUUCGCGGGAAUUUUGCUUCUUGUGGUGGGUUUGAUGACAGAUGUCGGCUUGACUACCACACAUUGGAUAGUGACAGAGGAUGGCAAGAUACAGCAGCAGGUUGAUUCUUCAUUAAAUUUAAAACAUCCUCAUGACCUUGUGAUUUUUAUGAGACAAGAGGCAAGAGUGAGCUACCUGAAAGAGCUUGAGAAACAGCUGGUUGCACAGAAAAUCCACAUUGAGGAAAAUGAAGACAGAGACACAGGCCUAGAACAAAGACAUUAUAAAGAAGAUUUGGACUGUGUCAAAGCAAAAGUUCCUCUGGGAGAUCUUGAUCUUUAUGAUGGUACUUUCAUCUCUUUGGAGAGUAAAGGCAUUAGUCCAGAAGACUAUUUAGAUUCCAGAAUGCCUCUUUCUCCUUACCUAGCGGUGCCUGACUGCACAACAGCACUAGAGCUUCCAUACAGCAUUCAUGCUUUUCACCAUCUACGGGGUGUUCAGGAGAGGGUGAACUUGACUGCUCCUCUCUUAUCUAAAGAAGAUUCUAUUUUUAAUUCCAUAUCUUUGAAGCAUUGGAGUUUUGAAGAAGUGGGACAUCGAAUUCAUGAGGCCAUGAAAAAAAAUUCCUCCUCAUGGGUGUUGUAUAACAUGGCUGCUUUUUAUUGGCGAAUGAAAAAUGAACCGCGCCACGUAGUGGAAUGUGCACUGCGUGCACUUCACUUUUCGCCCAGGCAACACAAAGAUGUGGCCCUAAUCAACAUGGCCAAUGUGUUGCAUCGAGCCCAUUUCUCUGCUGAUGCAGCUAUUUUGGUCCAUGCAGCUUUGGACAUCACUGCAGAUUUCUUGACUAGCCAUUACACUCUGGGUAACAUCUAUGCGAUGCUGGGGGAAUACAACCACUCUGUUCUUUGCUAUGACCAUGCUCUUCAAGCCAGGCCUGGGUUUGAGCAGGCCAUGAAACGGAAACAUGCUGUCCUCUGCCAGCAGAAACUAGAGCAAAAAUUAGAAGCACAACAUAGAUCACUACAGCGUACGCUGAAUGAACUUAAGGAGUAUCAGAAACAGCAUGACCACUACUUACGUCAGCAAGAGACUCUGGAAAAGCACAAACUGUUACAGGAAGAGCAGAUUCUUCGCAACAUUAUCCAUGAGACACAAAUGGCUAAAGAGGCUCAGCUUGGAAAUCAUCAGGUUUGCCGUUUGGGAAAGCAGCAACAAAGCCUUCAUUGUUCCUUUGACCUUCCUGUGCGUUACCACAGAGGAGACAUCUUUGAGAAUGUUGAAUAUAUUCAGUUUGGUGAUGACUUUCCUGUGGCUAGCACCACAUCCCUCAACUCUGAACAGAGUAUCAAUCAAAGUGAACACAGAGAGCUAUUCCCAACACUUUCUGCGCACUUUCAGUAUGGAAGCAUUUGGGGAGAAGAUGUCACAACAUUUAGGGAACACAAUGAAGCUCUCUGGCCUAGAAGAUCAGAUUGCUCCCAGGACUUCCCUAGUAUCCCCAAAGUAGAAACACUUCCCACAUAUUUCCUCCCACCAGAAAACCGUGGCUUUUGGUUUAAAGAUUUUCUUUUUCGUGGGAGGUCUCCUGAUGCUCAGCCUUCCCCUCCAGACUGUGAUGUGGUGACAGAGCCAGGAAGAAGUGGUCUGGAGUCUUUUCUUGGGAAAGGGCUCGAGGGAAUGGGAGUUCCAGAUGUGCAUGCCAAGAAGAUUCUGUUUUCCCGAGUUGACAGUCCUGUCCUUACUGAGGAACAGAUUGGAGAAAUUAUUAAUCAAGGAUUUAAGUCUAGUGCUCCAAAGUGGCUAGUUCUGAACGAGGCAGCAUUGUAUUGGAGAGCCAGUGGUAAUGCAAGUUCUGCCCUCUCCUGUCUACGAAGAGCUCUUAACUCUGCACCACAGGAGCAUCUGGAUAUCCCUUUAGUUAAUGCAGCCAAUCUUCUUAUUUACUAUGGGCAGUACCAGGAGGCACAGCAGUUACUGGAGAGAGCACUGGCCAUCAAUCAGACUGAGCCGCUGACCCUUCUAAGUUUAGGCCAAGUGUACCUGGCUCGAGGGAAUGUCCAUGGAGCAGUGUCUAUAUUCCGACAAGCUCUAUCCCUUACCACCCAUUGCCCACAAUGCCUAAAUAAUUUGAAGCUGAUCCGCUGUUUACAGUUUUAUCCUUUAUUAUACAAUCUGACCACCACAACAUGUAGCCAAGACCGACCAUGUUAUAGUAAUAUGGAGAAUCUACACUCCUUGGAAGCCGAACCAUUAAGCAAGAUUUCCACAGAUGUUAAAGAACUUGCAUCUUCUGCAGAAUCCAACUCUAUUGGACAGUCUUUGCAGUUAGAGACGGUUGUAGUUGUUGACAGCAACGGCUCAGGUGGAGCCCAACACCAUGUCCAAGAAGUAAUGACUGAUGAAGAUGAUAUGGAUGGCAGAGAUGACGAUGAAGAGGAAUGGCAGCUCAAAGAGGACCUAAUUGGAGCAUUUGAAGGGGCUCUUGAUGUAAAGGGAAGACAUGUGGAUUUGCAGGGAAUUCGUGUCCUGAAGAACAGGGGGCAAACUGGAAAGACUGGGCCCUGUUUCGGCAACUGUGAAGAUGAUGAUGGGGCAGAAUGGAUUACAUUCCAGGUGAAGCGAGUAAAAAAGCCAAAGACGGAUGUUCCUGACCUGCAACAGGAGCGAAUUGAGGAGGAUGUUUAUUCAGAAGACAGCCCUGCUUUACAUUCAGCACUCGAGAUUAGUGGACCAAAAAUACCUUUUACAGGACCUCCAGGAAAAAUUAGGGACUACCUAAGUUUAGGGUGGCCAAGUCCAGAUGAGUGUCAGCGCAUACGCAGGGUGGAGCUGACCACAGUAGCUAGCACAUGGCUGGCUGUAUCAGCGAAAAACAUUGAUAUCACUGAACACAUAGACUUUGGUACUCCACUUCAGGAACCAGCAGUGGAGCCAGUCUGUAACAGCAACCUGCCUGCCACAAUGCACACUUUGGAUCACUUGUAUGGUGUUGCUAACCGUGGAGGAAUUCACUACACUGGAGAAAGCCAACUUCGAGAGGUAUUGCAGAAUCUAGGAAAGGAUAAAUUUUCUCCUCAAUCGUUUGAGCAAGUGGGAACACGAAUUGCAAAAGUUUUGGAAAAAAAUCAGACAUCUUGGGUUCUGUCAAGUAUGGCGGCUCUGUACUGGAGAGUAAAAGGACAGGGGAAGAAGGCCAUUGACUGUCUGAGACAAGCCCUGAACUACGCUCCUUACCAAAUGAAGGAUGUCCCUUUGAUCAGCUUGGCAAAUAUUUUUCAUAAUGCAAAACUGUGGGAGGAUGCCAUCAUUGUGGCCAGUAUGGCAGUGGAAAUUGCCCCUCACUUUGUGGUAAAUCACUUCACACUCGCUAAUGUCUACGUUGCUAUGGAGGACUACGAAAAGGCUAUGCGGUGGUACGAGUCAACCCUAAAACUGCAGCCAGAGUUUGCCCCUGCAAAGGAUCGCUUGCGGACAAUUCAGUGCCACUUGUUAACCAAAAAGGAGAGGCGAGCCACAUAGGGGGGGGGAGGGUUAUACUUGACCUCGGGCUGGGGGGGGGAGAUGGGGUCUUCAGUCUGAAAAUGAUGGUGGUCUUUAUGGAUGUUUUCAACAGCCUUUCUUAAUAUCUUCAACCCAGAAACACAAUUCAUGGACUCGUUUUGUGAUUUUUACUAACUUUUUUUUGAAGGCGGGUAUGUUUGGAGGCUGGUAUGAUGAUUGUCUUUACAGCAAGCCGUGGGUGUUUUCUUACAAUGAUCUUAAUAGUCUGUUUUAUUCAACACUUGUUCAUUUGCACUGCAGAAUAGUUUAUUCAGGGAUCAUUCCUUAAGGUUUUUAAAUUGACAGAUUGCCGUCCUUUCUGCUACACCAGUACACAUUAUUUAUCGCACCCCCCCACCCCUUCCCAUCAUUGAAAUCUUCCCCAAAGGGCACAGGUUUGGCUAAAAAUGAGUGCAUUUGUGUUUUUGUAUUCAAGGGGUCGCCUCAAGGGUAGUCUGACAAAAGAAAAUGUUUAAAAUAGGAAAGGUUAAGACGUUUUGAUUUCAUUCUUCACAUUUGCCCCAUUGCGCCCAUAGGAUGCCGUUUAUAUAAUUUUUUUUUUAUCCCCUUUGGAAUUCCAGGAGUGUUACCUUUGUCACUUUAAUCUUGAUACAGUGGCAAACGUUCAUAAACGACUGAAAGGCAACUGACAGACAGCGUGAAUUGUACCUGUUUAUAAACUGUAAACCAAGAAGAUCCAUUUUAAAAUACAAUUAAAAGAAACAUAAACUGGGUUAAGGAAAAAAGUUCAUAUGUUUAUGCUGUCAGCAUGUUUAAUCUCAAUGCUAAGUUAACAACAAUAAAAAAAUGAAAAAAA